AUGGUUAGGGAAGCCUUCCGCACUGGAGUAAUUGAUAGCAGACUUAACAGAACUUUCAUCUGUUUAAUUCCAAAAGUUGAGUUCCCUUUAAGCGUGGAUCAGUUUCGGCCAAUUAGUCUUUGUAACUUCUCCUAUAAGGUAAUUGCAAAGCUCUUGGUUAACAGGCUAAGUCCUCUUAUGGAGGAUCUUAUUACUCCAUUUCAAUCGGCAUUUGUCCCGGGUCGUUGGAUUGCUGAAUCUUCUAUCCUAACUCAAGAGUUAAUUCACAAAAUUCAACACAAAAGGGGUAGAGGAGGUCUUAUGGCAAUCAAAUUAGAUAUGCAUAAAGCUUAUGACAAGAUGGAAUGGAAUUUCCUCGAUAAGGUUCUCCUUAAGAAUGGGCUCAAUGAAAGUAGUAGAAGACUUUUGAUGGCAUGUGUGACUAGUGUCUCCUAUUCGGUGCUCUUAAAUGGAUGCCCUUUGAAAAAGAUAAUCCCGCAAAGAGGACUAAGACAAGGAGACCCUCUGUCUCCUUUUCUUUUUCUUCUUUGUCAGGAUGUCUUAUCCAAGCUAAUAGUUAAGGCUGAAUUGGUUGGUUCUCUUCAUGGUAUUAGCAUUGCUCAUUCAACUCCUCCAAUUUCGCAUCUCAUGUUUGCGGAUGAUACAAUAUUGUUUUCUCUAGCCAAUGAAACUGGUGCAAGGAAAUUGCUUGAGCGUUUGACAACUUACGAAAAUUGGUCGGGUCAAAUGUGUAGCAAGUCUAAAUCUGGUGUUCUGUUUUCCAAGAAUUUGAGUUCGGCCAAGAAACAGAGUAUCCUAAACAUACUCAAAAUCAAUCCAGUAAGUGGGAAUGAGAAGCACUUGGGCAACCCUUUUAAUUUUAAAAGAAGGAAAAAAGAAGACUAUAAAACACUCAAGGAGAGCAUGCUCAAGAAGUUGGAGGGUUGGAAACUGAAGCUUCUUUCCUAUGUUGGGCGUUUAACUCUUCUCAAAUCCGUGGCUUCUUCGAUGCCUGUGUAUGCCAUGUCAACCAAUAAGAUCCCUAUUUCGAGUUGCCGGGAGUUAGAUGCCUUAAUGAGAAAAUAUUGGUGGCUUGGGAAUGUUGAAAAGGACAAGUUUUUGGCUUUAAAAGCUUGGGAUAGCAUCUGCACUCCGAAAUCUAUGGGGGGUUUGGGUUUAAGAAGAUGUGAAGAUAUGAAUCGAGCCCUGUUAGCCAAGUUGGCGUGGAGUUUGGCUACUAACAAGGAAAGACCGUGGGUCUCUUACCUGCUGGGAAAAUACUGCAAGUUCGAUAGUUUUUGGUGUGUGGAUCAAAAGAAUAGCGAUUCGUAUCAAUGGAAAAGUAUUUUACAGUCGAGAGAGGUAAUUUUCAAAGGUUCUAUGGCUACUGCUGCCUCUGGAAAUCUCAUUAACUUCUGGAGGCAGCCGUGGAUACCAUGGUUGGACUACAAGGAUUUUGUGGAGCUAAUGCAGCAACUUCGGAGUCGUAGGUUCACUGUCAAUACUUUGGCGGAUGUUUCGAUUAGGAAUGCUUGGAAUGAGAAAAUAAUCCUUCAGAUUUUUGGCCAAGAGAUGGGAGGUCGAAUUCUUCAAAUUCCGAGAAUUCCUAGUCCAUUCACAGAUCAGAUUUUUUGGAAGCAUAAUCAAAAAGGCCAAUUUUCGGUUAAGGAGGCUUAUUAUGUAGACCAAGAGUGGCGAUUUGCACAAGCAAAAUCCAUUUGGAAAUGGAUUUGGGACAAGGGAGUUCAUCCUCGAAACUCUGUUUUUCUGUGGAGAAUUCUAAAUGAGGCAAUUCCAACGAUGAAUAGAUUGCCUUUUGUUUCAGACAAGGAAUGUAGCCUGUGUGGGAAAGAAGGGGAAAAUGCCAUUCAUAUCUUUAGAGAUUGCGGGUUCACUAAAGCUGUCUGGUUGGGAGGUUAUUUUCCAUUGAGAAUUGAUCUCAUUCCAGGCGAAGAUAUGAUUUCUUUCCUGGAAAAUUUGUUUGCUGAUCUGUCAGAUUUUAAUAGGAACAAUCUUAUCAAUUAUGUUGGAUGUCUUUGUUCCGAGAUAUGGUUCCAACGGAAUGCCUCUUGCAUCAGGGGUAUUGUUGCUGAUCCAUCCACAGCACUUUUGAAGAUCGAUAAGGCUGUUUUGGAGAUCAAGAAUUCUGUGUUAAGUAAUGGUGAGGCUGGGAUUAUUUUUUCUCUCGAUCCUGAUACUAGUGCAGAACAAAAUUCUCUGGUAUAUCCUCAUCAGGUUGGAGUUAAUUGCCUUAUUUACACGGAUGCAUCGUGGAAAAAGGAAGCAGCAGGUCUUGCAGCGGUUUGUGUCGAUAAAGCUCAGAAAAGAUGGUUUGUAAAAGCUCAGAAGUCUCAAGCGACCUCUGCUUUGGAUGCUGAAUUCAAAGCCAUACAGAUGGCUUUAGAAUGGGCUAUUUCAAAUGGAUGGCAAGAGAUUCUUAUUCUCUCGGAUUCUCAGUUGGCAGUGAAGGCCUUAUCUUCAGGCGGUAGUUCACCAGAUUGGAGUAUUGCUAGCACUUUUUUUUCUAUAGUUAAUCUGUCUAAGAGUUUCUUAAUCUGUAGGUUUUUCUUUAUCGAUCGUACUUUUAAUUCCUUUACGGAUGGUGUUGCUAAAAAUGCUAGAGUUUCUAGCAUUCAAGAUGUUUUGUAUCAAGGGGAGGGAGUUCCCCCUGUGAUUCCCAUCACUUUUUCCACUUAA